CACCGUGGAGCGACUCCGAGAUUCCCGUGAGGCUUGCAGGCGUGCACUCCGCCUGACAGGGACAUCGCCUCCGCGGGCUCUUCGGAGGCGGAAACGACGCCGAAGGCAGGUAAAGAGACAGGUAAAGAAACAAAAGCAGAAGGAGGGCAAAGAAUCAUUCCCGAGGUCAAAGAUCAAGGAGAUGGUGUCUUCGGGAAUGUACAAAAUGGACAAUGGCAAGCCUUGCCUCAACAACUGCUUUCCAGCCAAAAGUCUCCUUCGGUUGCCGGAAGAAGGCCGGGGACACUGGAUAGUGGCUCGGAAAGGCAGCAUGAAGAAAGGUGUAGCUAAGGCAUCCACUGAAGGUCAGGAAAACCAGAAGAGGGUUUCAUUCGACACUGGGUUGAAGAAAAUAUCUCGGAGGGAUAGCCAGGCAGACAUUCUUGGACACAUCUUGGACCGGUCUUUUCUGCUGAAGCACCACUCUGCCAGGAAGCCAUCAGAUCUUUGCACUAUCAACGUGAGCGGCAUGAAGUUCUCCAAGGCAAAGGAAAAGGACUUCAAACAUUUUACGUCUGUGAUUUAUAUCAAUGCCUCUGAAAACCUGCUGCCUCUAGAUGUCUUUCACACAUUUCCAGUCCUAAAGGAACUGGAGCUUGCAUUCAAUGGCAUCAAGAUGGUCUACGUGAAAUAUGGAGACUUCAAGACAUUGGAAUUCUUGGACCUUUCCUUCAACAGCCUGACUGAGGAGGCCAUCUGUGAUCUGGGGAUUCUGCCACAUCUCCGUGUGCUGCUUCUCACAGGCAACGGGCUCACCUCUCUGCCACCUAACAUGGCUGUCAAAGAACAGGAGGCAUCUAUGACAUCACUGACAAGCAAGAAGUACAUCCUGAGGUUCCCGGCCCUGGAGACCCUGAUGCUGGAUGACAACAAACUGUCCAAUCCCAGCUGCUUUGCCAGUCUGGCUGGGCUCAGGAGACUGAAGAAGUUGAGCCUGGACCAAAACAAGAUUGUCCGGAUCCCGUACCUACAACAGGUUCAGCUCCGUGAUGGGUCAGGGGACUGGGUUACAGAGGGACCAAGUCCCCAGAAAGAGCUGCAGCCCCAGAUGUGGAUAUUUGAGACACCUGAUGAGCAACCAAAUUAUACCGUACUGCCCAUGAAGAAGGACGUUGACCGCACAGAGGUUGUGUUCUCCUCUUACCCUGGAUUUUCAACCUCAGAGACAGCCAAGGUAUGUUCACUUCCUCCCAUGUUCGAGAUUCUUCCUGUGAAGUCACUAAAAGCACGGAACCAGACGCUGGCCCCACCUUUCCCAGAGCUGAGAUAUCUUAGCCUGGCCUACAACAAGAUCGCAAAGGAGGAUGCCGUCCUGCCAGCAGCUCUCUUCCCCUCCCUCUGUGAGCUUGUCUUCCAUAACAACCCUUUGGUAGCACACACACGAGGGAUCCCACCACUGCUGAAGAGCUUCCUCCAGGAUCGCCUGGGCAUCCGCUUAAUUCGAAAGAAACUGGUAAAACCUAAACACCAUAUGUUGAUGCCUCGGAAGGAGUCACGGAAGGUGAAGACCUACAUCCCCAAGGUGCCGAAGCAUUCCCUGGUCCCCCAUCACCUCGACAUGAUCACAGACAGUCCUCCAUCGAGUCUUAUGCCGGAGCCCGAGCACUCCACUGAGGACACCUCUCACGAGGCACUGUUUGCCAAUGAGGGCCCAGAAGGCCCUUCCCUAACUCACCGGGCCUUUGUGCCGAUGCCUCCCAUCUGUUCCGACUCCACCGUUCACAGUGAGGCAGUGUCCCACCAGAGCCGUACAGCCGGCCUCGUGAGCUCAGAGCACCCAUCAGAUGAUGACGCCAAGAGUACGGAGUCCAUCUUCCUGACCCAGGUGAAUGAGCUGCCAUCCUCCACCGCCCACAGGGAAAAUUUGGAGGCAGUGAAUGACCAAAGGAGACCAUCAACAGCACCCAGAGAGACGAAGAGGACUCGGAGGAAGCAGACAGCUACCUCUCUGCACAGCAAGUAUGACGGCUAUGAAGAGCUGCUCACAGUCAAGCCUGACCCAGCGUUUUUGGAGCCAAAGGGCAUCCAGAAGAACGCACAGGCCCUGCAUCGCAUGCUGAAGCAGCCGCUCAUCUGUCGCUCCUCCAAGCCCAGGCUGGACACUUUCCAGAAACCCUACGUUCCCAAGGAGAAGAGGGCCGGGAGGAUACCGAUUCUAACCCCACGGAAGACCCGAGCGCAGCUGCUGGAUGAUAUCCUCAUUCGCAUGCGGGACCCUCGGAAUGUUACUGAGGCUCCACUGGGCACUGUGUUGCAGCGGCGUGCACAGCAGCGCCUAGUGAACCAGAAGCAAUACCGGGAGGCCAAGCGGCUGCUCAAGGAGUUCCGCGCACGCUACCGGCAGCUGGUACGCAGCUCGCUGCGGACUGUGUUCGCCGCCAGCCCGCCACCUAGGCCGCCCACCCGCCGUGCACUGAGCGCCGGCCAGCCCAAGUUGGGCCGCUUCCUCGAGUUCAUGGACGAGUUUUGCCAGGAGCCCACGGCCAGCGACUCGAAAGAGUAGAGCUGUGCACCGCCCUCCCCAAGGGCUCUGCGCCCUGGACCGUGCCCAGCCCCGAACAGAGGGGGCUUGGGCUCCAUUUCGCUCCGUGGUCAGUAUGGGGAGCACAGCAGGACCUUGCCUCCGAGCCCGGCCAGGCUGCACCUGGUGGCUGGCCCAGCAGCAAUAAAGAGUGGUAUAGAGCAAUA